UCAUCCAGCGGCUCUUUGUCCCGCUGCUGUGUUUGAGAGUGUGUGUGUGUGUGUGUGUGUGUCAGUAACGUUACCGGGCAGAGCUGCUCGAGUCAUGGCGGUAGCGCCCGCUAAUCCUCGCACCGGGAGCACGAGAGCGCAGCUGCCGCCCUGUUAUUAUGAGGGAUACCUGGAGAAAAGAGGAGCGAAAGAGAAGGUAGCUCGGCGUUUAUGGACCUGUUUAUGUGGAAACACACUGUACUUCUUCAACAACCCUAAGGACACAAAUUAUGUAGAGAAGUUGGAUCUGAGUGGGUUUGUGUCUCUGAUCGAUGACCCGAGUCGUGAUCGGAAUCUGGAGGCAGCCAGACUGAACCUCCGCAUGAAGGAUGGAGAAAUCAAACUCACUGCACCAAAUCUGGAGGCGCGUGAGCUGUGGAAAGGUUUUCUUUACUCUGUCGUAGAUCUGGCUGUGCCCACGACUCUCACCCUCCUGCCCGGGCAGCUGCACAUGCUGAAGGAAGUCGUGGAGAAAGAAAAAAUGCGUCGAAAGGCACGUGCGUCUUCCAGAGCCCCCUCGUCCCCCCUCUCGCUCCCGCUGGUGGGGGAAAUACCUGCGUGUUUCAGGCCUGUGUCUCGUACUGAAGCUGAGGUGCUGCUAGAAAGACAUCCAGACUGCGGGAACAUGCUGCUCAGACCAGGCCGGGACGGAUCUUCACUCGCCGUCACAACACGACAAGACCUGAACGGAUCAGUGUUCAGGCAUUACAGAGUGACACAGAAGCAGCAGGGUGGUUACAUUGUCGAUGUGGAAAACCCAGUAUGUGAAAAUGACUUUCUAAAUAAAGAGAAUCUAUGCGAAAGCAACAACCUUAGGAAAAUCUCACUCCUUAUUUUAUUUUUUCGUCUCUUCCUGCAGAUCCCCUGUCCCACACUGCAUGAUGUCAUCAAUGCACUGGUGGAGAAAACCGCCGGGACUCUUCAGCCCUUCAUAUUAGAAGAGCCUUAUGAGGAGAACAUCACGUUUGUGUCGUCCAAUGAUGAGAAUGGAGAGCGAACCCUGCACUGUGCUCCCUCUGGACCUCUUUCUCGAGCUCCAUCACUGCCACCUAAACAAGUAAGUACAGACAGAUGGUCGCUGCGGUCACAGACCAGAUCUCCCAGUUCCUCACCAAAAUACUUUUCCCCGUCUGGCUCUCCGUCCAACUCCAUGAGAAGACUGGUUCUGUCUCCCUCACCGCUCUCUCAGAGUAAGACCCCAGGGCUCCAGCUCCAAAACGGCCUCACAGACGAGCUCAAACAGAAGCUGGAGAAGAGACGGACCAGUCAAGAGUGAUUUCCUCCUCGUUUCUGCCCACCCUUCGUCGUCUCAUUCCUCCAGUGCCUUCCGCUAAAGACUGAGGUCCUGUUGAACGGACAAAGACUCCCUGUAAACGACAUUCUUCCCUCAGUGUGACUGAAACAAUGCCACUUUAUUUGGCUUUAUUUAUAACACGAGAGCGGCGGUCUACCAGCUCAUCCUGCCUCAUAAUAAUACCAUCACAGAAUGAUGGCAUUUCUGUUGAGAUUAUUGAAAUUUAAAUGGGGGAAAAAAUCUGAGCCAAGAUUCUCCAGACCUCUCUCUAUACUAUUAAUUAGACCUUAACACUCAGGUUUCUACUGUCAAACCAUGAGUUGAGAGGACAUUUCCACACAUUUCAGAAAGAAGCACAUCAAACAUGUAUGACUUGUAUUACUGGUUUUAGUGAUCUAAAUGCCCAGAUGAAUGUGAAUCUGGUACGGUUCGAGGUAGGGUCCAAAAUGAACACUCGCCAAGCACCGAAUAAAUUGGGUUAAUAAAAAGCAAAUACGUUUUGGAGAUGCUUUGAUCCAAAGUGACUUUGAUUGUAUUUUAAUCAUCGUUCUCUGAGAAUCUAGCCCAUGACAUUGGCAUUGCUUUUGUUUGAUCUACUGGAUUGCUAAUAAAAAUACUAACUUCAUUAAGAUCCUGAAAUUAAUACAUGAUUUAAAUAGACUGUUACUGCUGAAAGUGACAUGCUGUAAAGAAACCAUCCACCAACCCUGCUAUAAAAACUUCUAAAAUCAAUGGUCAAAACCACUCUGAAAAACGGCUAUAAUGUUGUUUUUUCAUGACUGGAUCAAAUAUAUUUUUCCCUCAAUGAAAACGAAGCAGUUUAUGGCCAAUAUGAAUUAUUCGUGGCCAUAAACUGAGAGGUGUGGCAAAAGUUAAUUUUUGACCCUGCUUCUGUCUCAGUAACGUUAGAGCUGUUAUGUUUUAAAAUCCGUAUGAUGCUGUUGGACAAAUCAGCAGGAUGAACUACCAAGUUCAUGAAGCAGGCUUUGCUCUCAUAAAAUGGUAUUUGAAUAUAAAGGACAAUUCAGCCUUCUAGAGGUGAGUUUAUUCCCAGAUUUGUAAGCGUUUAUGUUGAUAGGUUGUAAGACUGUUGUGUUCCUGAUCGACCAACUGUCAUUAUCGUUCUCAUAAACAUGCAUGGUGCUACUGUGACUUUGUAGAUAAGUUUUCAUGUGAUGUUAAAAUCAUUUCUUAUUUAUAACUGUGAUAUUUAUGGGAAUUAAAGGGAAGGUUUUGUAGAAUUCA